AUGACGGACAACAUUACGCAACGAAAAAAGAUCCCCCAGACUGUGACCCCUGCUGAUGACGACGUUGUCACGCCUAUGGACCCUCUUCAAUCUCUUUCUUCGGAAAUGAGCCGACUCCAUGAGACCAUUGCGGGACUGCGAGUAGACUUAACAACCCGUCUAGACGAACUAAACUCAAAGCUGGCGAGUUACGAGCAGCGGAUUAGCUCGCUAGAUACUCUGGAAAAGGAAAAUGCGCUUCUCAAGGCCACCGAAACCGAAGCUCAGAGCCACCUAAGGAAUGAGUUAGAGAUCUCUGGCCUUGAAGAGACCCCGGGUGAAAAUCCCUAUCAUUUAGCUAUGACCGCAGCCGUGAAGAUUGGCGUUGAACUACACGAUUCGGACCUCAGCUACGUGACAAGGGUAGGGCCUAAACUUAGACCCCAAAAUAUUGAUGACCAGGAUAACGAAACCCCCCUGCGACGCCCUUUAGUAGUAUCUUUCACUCGGCGAGUUAAACGGGACGAGUUUUUGAAACAGGCGAGGGCCCGCCGCUCCGUAAAAAGCAAAGAUAUAGUAGGUGACCUGGGGUCCGAUCGUACGGUCUACGUGAAUGAAAGACUCACCGCCGAGGGUCGGCGGUUAUUUCGUAACGCUAGAACAUUCGCGUCCGACCAUGGAUAUAAAUACUGCUGGGUCAAUCACGGAACCAUAUUCAUUAGAAAGAAAGACGCAAAUGCUGGUAGCCCCGCCAUACGAAUCAACUGUGAUGACGACCUCAACGGCCUCCUCCGCACGGCAAAUCCACCGCACCCCGACUCAUCCUAA